UCCUAUACAAAAUAAUAGAACAAGGAAUUUUGUCAAUUCCUGAGUCACUCUCCAACUUUUCUUACCUAAAAGUUGUUGCAAACCAUAAGUAAACAGUUACAAAAGAAUGGGAGAAAUGAUACAACAGAAAAUGUCAUUAUAACAGAUAGUAUAAAUGUGUAAGGAAAUUUGACUAGAGAUCAGUUUUAACCUAAGAUACUUAGUUUAGACUUAGUAAGGAGAAUACUAAAACACUGAAUUAUAAACAUUUCUAACUUUGUUGGUUUCUUUAGUGAGAGAUUCAGUUUGACUGCUGUGGUUUUGCCUUACUUAUGGGCAAAAGAGGACAGUACCUGGUUAUAAUGUCAUAUAAGGAAAAAUUUUAUUCACUUUCCUCUGUUCUGUGACUUCUUUGUGACACCUCCAAACCAAGAAACCACUAUCCUAUAUGUUAUUUUUUUUCCUACUAAAAAUUAAAGAGUGGAUAAAGUACAUUAAGCAAACCCAAUAAAUUCUCAAGAACACUUCAAAAAUCACGAAGAAAAAGAAAUUCGUAGGGUACAGAGUAAGUGGGUUUGUGAGGUGGCAGAAAAUACGUAUUGCCUGCAUAGAGACUUAAGUGUGAGCAGAGUUAAAACUUAAUGGGCAUAUCCUCAGUUUUGUCACUAGCUGAAGUUAACGAUGUUCUAACAGUUUGGAUGCUCUGGGAAUGCAGGUUGAGAGAUUCUAGGCUACAGAAGAGGUUAAGUAGAUUAUAGCAGAGCUGGAUCAGUGUCUGAGGUAUGAGAAAGCCAACAAUGUGAAUUUGAAUUCAAAUGUGUCCUCUGCUGAUGUUUUGCAAAUUGCUUUUUGGAUCCAGACCAAAGGGGGUAUUACUUGAGUGCCAGUCCAGCCAAACUCAAUUCAGGUGGGAAAUUCCAGCUGGAAUUUUUGAGUUUUUAUUUUGUUUCAGAAGGGCUCCUUUCUCCAUAAAUAUUUAUGGCUAUAAAUAGAAAUACAUUAUAAUCUUUAUGAUAUUUUCAGUCAUGCAUAUUCAGAAAGAAAUGACAAAUUUCUGAACAAAACCAUUCUGUUUUAAAACCAGCCUGUUGGGCUUCAAUAUGUUUAUGUGUAGUAACUUUCUGAAGACUUGAUACAGGUAUUUAAUAUUUCAGCUUCCAUUCUUUCCAUGUUCUUAAGGAGUACGCUAACUACAACUUUCAGAGACCAUUCAGCAGUUAAUAACAUCAAUAGACAAAGUACCCUCUUAAUAACCAACUGCAUGCAUUUUCUCAAUAAAGUUACAAUUUCAGCAGAAAAAAAAAAAAAAAAAAAGUAGAUUAAAAGGAAACACCUGCUCCUGUAAAUUACUCUGCUGCAGGUACUAACCCAGGAGACUCUGCAGAUGGCUCUGUGUUUGCAAACCUGACCUCAACACCCCUUCAUCAAUCUCUGGCUGAUUGAUUCUCUCCAAAGUAGAGCACACCAUAUCCCAAGGGUAAAAGUUGAAAGUUAAGAAUACUUCCACAUAAAUAUGUAGACUGUGUCUCUUACCCCAGAAAUGCUGUUGUGAAGUACUCCGAAAACUGAUGUUCCCAGGGUGGGAAGGUACUGGGAUGGAAGCAGAGUGCCGCCCGCCCACCUGCUACCACCUGUUUAGCUUUUGCAGUUUCUAUAAAGCCUCUUCUUGUCUGUAAGACACGAUCAUUGCUUACCAGCAGGAGUCAAGAAAGGAGAGAUUUUUGUUACGAAGUUAUGUCUUCAGAUCUCAACAGUUCAUCAUUUCAAAAUACUCUCCUAAGCUGAAUCAGAACUCCUUUCAUUCAGAAUGGCCAUUGGAAAUGAUGUGUUUUUAAUUCAGUAAGAUCCUUCUUGGAUUAAAAGGACUGUCUUCUUCAGUAACUCAUAUUUUGAGAAUGGAGAUGUCUUUGUUUUCUAUUCCUUUGAGUUCACAGAAAUGAAAAGAAUGAAAGCAUAAGGCAUUGAAAACUCUUUAUUCUUUCACUAAGCAAUAAGAAGCAAUUUUCAGACACUUCCAGAAGAUCCAGAAGACCUUUUGUUUUGUUUUUCUUUGAUGCUAAGAAAAAUAUCUCCUCGUUGCUGUUUGGUAGAAGAGUCAAGAGGUACACAGGCUAGUCAUAGGAGUGCCUUCCACUACUACUGCUUAGGUGCUUCAUUUUUGAAAAGUAAUUUUUUUUUGUGUGUGUGAAACUACAACUGUAAAUCAAAUAUGAAAACCUGUAAAUCCAGUAAUUUGGAUUCAGGUGUAGAAUCAGACAGCCAGUGUGGAAGUGGACCAGGCUAUGUUGUGAAGUGCAGCUCAGAAAGGAUGGAGAACGCUGCCAAGAGAAGACUGGCUGCAAAUGCCAGGGAGAGAAGACGGAUGCAAGGACUGAACACAGCCUUUGAUCGUUUGAGAAAGGUGGUUCCACAGUGGGGUCAGGAUAAGAAGCUCUCCAAGUACGAGACCCUUCAGAUGGCUUUGAGUUAUAUCAUGGCUCUAACAAGAAUACUUGCUGAAGCAGAAAGAUACAGUACUGAAAGAGAAUGGAUAAGCCUUCACUGUGAACACUUUCAUCCAGAGAGCUACCACCAUUAUGCGGGACAAAAAAUGGCAACGGACAGUGAUCCUUACGCACAGCGAAUAUUCAGCUAUCACCCCGAUCACUUUCAAAUAGCUAAUUAGAACUUAUUAUGAACUAAGAAUAUGCAGCAGGCCAGAUGUGUAAUUUAAUAAUUAGCAAGAGUUAAUCUGCUUGAAUAAGGUAAUAUUGGCAUUAUAAUAGCUCAUUUGUGUUUGCAUCUUACACUAAUUUGACAAAAUAAAUUUUCUUUGAGAACUUUAAAUCAAUAUACAUUUAAGAAGAUUGAAUUUAUUUAAUGCUGGUAGAAAGCAUAGUUUUAAUUUAGCAUCUUUCAGACAGUUGCUUGCUAGUUCAUUUGACUCCUUUAAAUAAUGCUUUUUCUUUGUUAAUCAUGAUUCAUGACAGUAUUUUCUACCAGUCACGGGACAAAUUGACCCAUGGUGUGACUGUAUGGAUUAGCACUAGAAAUGAAUUUAAUUCCAUGUUUUAUUUUUACAUUAGCUUUAAAGUAAUUCUUUGUUUUACUUUCAUAUAAAUGGCUCCCAUGGGAAAAGUUUUAUCAUGUAUUGGAGUUCUAGUCCUCAGAGAACUAACUUUCUUAAACUUUGUAAGUUUGGCAUAUGGGUUCCAAAGUCGUGUAGGUUUGCUUUAAUCCAACUUACGUUGUAUCUUGUACGCUCGAAAAAGAGCUAGUUGCAAGUCAUGAAAAGAAUGGGUUUAUUUUUAGUGGAUGUAAAAGCACGUGUGAUUAUAUACUGCAAUGAAUGCUUGUGUGAAAACAAUCUAAACUAGAUUUUUGUAGAAUUUGUGUUUGCAUUUUAUUUUUUAAUUUUAUGUUAUCUGGAAACAGUAACAGAUUUUGUAAGUCAUAAAUAAAGCAUUUUCUAUGAUAUGUC